AUGGUAGAUUUUAGGGACAAACUACAGGAGCACGCUCGACAUCACAAUCGGGAUAUCACUUUUCCUUGCCCCGUAUGUCCGGACCUGUUUGUGAUGCGUUCUCAUCUAAAUCGACACUUACGUACGGUGCAUAAUUUGAAAUACACUCCGGUUUCGUCAUCAUCAACAGCACUGGCUGGAACAAGCGCCUCUUCCGCUGCCACAACCGCAACUCAUAGUUCUAAUGUUAUGAAUAUGAAUGAACACGGCAAACCGGUCAACGGAGACGGAACGGAACGAUCUCGGACACAGACACCACAGACCCAAUUCAACUCCGAAAAACGUCCAAGACGUAGAUCCACAACAGCUAAGCGUCCCAAACAGAGCGAGAAAACACAGCCAUCACAGCAGCUCGGGGUUUCCAAACCUUUGGCAGAGCCGUCGUCUCCUGCGUUCGCCAACCCGUCCAAUCCGCAUUUAUACUCUUCAGCCUUCAGUGCACCCAUGUUCUCGAACAAUAGUUCUGUGAAUUUUCCCACAAAUUUCCUAUUCGGCCAAUCCAAUAUGUACCAAACUUUGCAGCAGCAGCAACAGCAACAACAACAUAUGCAUACCAGUUUCUCCACGGCGACGUCCGAUUUACGAUCUCAAUCGUCCAGUUAUUCGAACGGCGUUGACACCUUAUCACAACAGCAACAACAACAACAACAAUUACCUGGAUCAGUGCAAACAUUGCGGGGAUACGAAUCCGCUCAGCCCACUGACUCACAAACACAGUCAGCUUUAUCCGCGGCUAUGGCUGCUAGUCUACUCGCUCCGGUCAACUAUGUGGGUUGGUGGCAUCAGUCAAAUCCAAGCCUUAUGCUCCCAUAUGCUCAGCCUGCUCCUCUGGGUUCACGAAGCGAAAAUAAAGUAGUUAACUCCGGUCUUCUGGGUGCAGAAUUGGGAUCGUACAACCAAACGCUGUCCAAUACCCCCAUUAGCAGUGAAGGUGUUUCUUCUGGUCGAGGUCAACCAGAUAUGCCAUUGGAUCCGUCCUCUACUUCUGCUCUUUCAUGUGGAACCCCACAAUCUUGGCUGUCAUCAGGUUCCGGUCCUCAAGCUUCUAGCAUCCCUCGUUCUACCAAUACGAAAACUGACUCUUACUACAACCCUGCGAUGCCAUACUCAUCCUCGGCACAGAUGUUGGCUUCGCUAAAUCCAUUUGCUCAGGCCAUUCCGAACUAUGUGAAAUGUUGUGGCAUACACAAGACUGGUAGCGAACAAUCAAUUGAGUUUUGUCAAGCUCUACGGGUCGAUCUGCCGUAG